AUGGACACCCCGUUUGACUUCGUCGUCGUCGGCAGCGGCCCUGCUGGCAGUACCGUCGCCUCCAAGCUCGCCAAUUCGCCCAAGGCACCGACAGUGCUGCUCCUCGAAGCCGGUGGACUCAAUGCAGACCCCAACCUCCGAGUCGACGGCCAGCGCUGGCUCACCUUCCAGAACCAAGACAUGAACUGGGGGUACAAAACAACGCCGCAGGAGCACUGCAACAACCGCGAGAUCGACUACUCGCGCGGCCGCGGAAUGGGAGGCUCCAGCGCCAUCAACUUCGGCGUGUACAGCGUCGGCGCCCGCGACGACUACAACGAGUGGGCGCGCCUCGUCGGCGACGAUGCCUUCCGCUGGGAGCCCGUGCAGGCGCGGUUCAAGGCGCUCGAGACGUUCCACGCGGGCGUCCCAGCUGGUCUGGAUGCGAAGUAUGCGGCGCCCGCGGCGGACGACCAUGGCAGCGCUGGCCCGCUGCAUGUUGGGUUUGCGCAGGAGUGGGAGCGUGAUCUGCCUGAGCUGCUGGAUGUCUUUGAGCAGGCUGGGUUUCCUCUCAAUCCGGAUCAUAACUCGGGCAAUCCGAUCGGGAUGUCGGUUUUGAUCAACUCGGCUGCGAAUGGACGGCGCUCUACGGCGGCGGAUCUGCUGCAGCCCACGCCGAAGAAUUUGACUGUUGUCACGAAUGCCCCGGUGCAGCGGCUGGUGCUGGAGGGUAAGAAGGCUGUCGGUGUUGAGGCGGAUGGAAAGAAAUACUACGCUGCAAAAGAAGUCGUCCUGUGCGCUGGAUCGCUGGAGGACCCUCGGAUCCUGAUGCACUCUGGUAUUGGACCUGCUCAGCAGCUUGAUGAAUUCAAAAUCCCCGUUGUCCUUGACGCCCCUGCUAUCGGACAGGGCUUAAAAGACCAUUGCUUCGUGCCCAUCGUCAACACGCGCGUCGAGAACAGCACGCAGCGUCGAGAGUUUUACGGCGACGAAGAAGCCAUGGCCAGCGCUCUGGAGCAAUGGAAGAAGGACGGAUCAGGGCCGUGGUCCAAGUUCGCCUGCGAGCUGGGCAUUGGGUGGUUCAAGCUCGACCGUCUGACUUCCUCUGCGGAAUUCCAGGCGCUUCCUGAAGAGCAGAAGCAAUUCCUGCUGCAGACCACAGUUCCUCACUACGAGGUCCUCACCCAUUUCCCCAUCCACUGGUUCAUUCCGGACUUUGCGAAGGAGGCCCUGAACUACUCCUGUCUGCUUGUCUUCCUAUUCAAUAGUCAGGUUAACGGCGAGGCUGUACUGCAGUCGUCAGACCCUAAUACGCCGCUCAAGUUCGAUCCCAAGUUCCUGUCGCACGAAUUCGACCGCCGCACAGCAAUCGAGGCCCUGCGUGAUUCGUUGCGUAUUGCGCAGUAUGAUGGUUACACGAAGGAUAACGUGCAGCAGUUGGCUGGUCCAAAGUCCGACUCGGAUGAGGACUUGCUGGAAUACUGGCGCGAGAAUAUCUCGUCGAGCUGGCAUAUGACAGGCACGGUCAAGAUGGGCAGGCCAGGAGAUGCAAACGCCGUCGUCGACAAGGACUUCCGCUUUAUGGGCAUUGAUAACCUGCGAGUGGCGGAUAUGAGUGUUGUUCCAGUGUUGUCGAACUGCCACGUUCAGGCUGUGGCGUAUGUGACUGGAGCUACAGCUGCAGACAAGCUGAUCAGGGAGUAUGAUUUGGCUGGGACUACAAGCCUGGGAAAGCUAUAG